GGGACGCCUGAUGUACGGUCUUUGAAAAGAAGGACUUUUGUACUUUUAGCAGUUUUUUAAUAACCAGUUUAAUUUCCUAUAUUCUAAAUGAUGGAAAUUUUAGUGCAAUUGACGAAAGACCUAGAUUUAAGUUCAUAUCUUGUGUAUAAUCUGUGAAAAUUUUCAUAAUAUUUGAUGUACUUGGUAUUCCAUAAUGCGACGCCUGAUGUACGGUCUUUGAAAAGAAGGAACUCAUUUUCAAUGGAACUCAAUACAUAUGUACUGUCUGGGAGGGGGAGAAAAGGAAAACUCAAAUGUGACAGGCAGGCAGCCUAUGCCCAUAUCGCGAGUGAAAGCAAAACAAUUUCGUUCUCGGGUUCAUUGCAAUUGCAAAUUUUGAUACGAAAAAUAGAAACAAAAGUUGUGAUUAUUAAUUAAUUUGUAUGCUAAUGGAUGUGUACGCCGUCUGUCGGAUGUGCAUAUCCGCAAAAUUGCGAUUGCGAUCAAUUUUUCUCGAAUACAACGAUAGCAACAUGAUGCAGAUCAUAACCGAUGUUCUCCGUUUGGAGAUAUCCGAAGACGAUGGACUGCCACCGAACGUAUGUAAACCGUGUGCUACAACUAUCCUCAAAAUGGGAGACACCAUCGAAGCCUUCCGGCAAAACGACCAGAAGUUGAGGGAACUUAUUCUUAAAGGUGAAACAAUCGUCAUAUGUGAGAAGAGUGAUGUUUGCGAUGGUAUUAAAGAAAGCGAGGUCGAGUUGGAUGUUGGGAACGUGGACAACGACGAACAGAUGAUAACAAUGGAACUAGCGACAGUCGACGUAGAUUGUUUGAUCAAAGACGAGCCCGAAGAUAUUAUCGAAACAGCAAAGGAAAUUCGUGAGCAAAUAGACGAUACAAACGACUCAAGUGAACUGCCAAUAGAGGAAGAAUACCUUGAAGAUGAUGAUGAUGAUGAUCAAUUUAUCCCUCAAAACACGGUGAUACCGAAGAAGCCGAAAAUAAUCAAAAAGAAACGAGCUCGUGAUCCUGAACGGAUGUCACGCAAUCAAUUGAAACAUCUUCCUGGAAGACCGAGGCUACACGAUCACAUCUGUUACAUUUGUAAUAGCGAACCUUUAGGAUCGGCCAAAAACCUGCUAGAUCAUCUAACCAUUCAGCACCAAGGUAUAUUUCCAUACACUUGUUCCGACUGCGUUAUGGAAACGAUCGUGCUUAAAAAUGCCCGUUCCUUGAAUAACCAUAAGAAGAUGCACGCUCAGCCUCUCAAGUGUUCGUACUGCGAUCGAAGAUACUGCGACAAUGCCGCCCGGGAGCUGCACGUGCAGUCGUACCACAUGGGCGAAGGAGCACCCUGUCCAUCUCCGUGCGACCUGUGUGGCAAAGUGUGCAAAUCUCAAACGGCACUCAAAAAUCACCUACGAGAGCAUAAGACUCAACUUAAGUGCCCUAGCUGCGACAAAAUGUUUCCAAAGCCAAGCAAACUGAAACUGCACAUCACCCGCGUACACGACCAAAGUGACCGACACGAAUGUGCCAUCUGUGGAGCCGUUAUCAAAUCACUUGAGGGGUACAAUAUCCAUUUGAAGCAACAUGGUGAGAAACUCUACGAAUGUGAGGUGUGUCAGACCAAAUUUCAUAGCAUUGCGAACUUGAUAUCGCACAGAAAAAUACACGAAAAGCACGAUAAUUACCGGAAGCCGAACGACUGGAAAGGUCAUUAUACGGUAAAGUUCGAUGAGAGCGGAAAACGCACUAACACGUGUAAAGUUUGCAACAAAUCCUUUACCAGUUCGGUGAGCGCCAUCGUCAGCCAUAUCAAGAAGCACUUCAAAACAAUUCAGUGUGAGUUGUGCGAGUUUAAGUGCUGUACCCAGCAGAGGUUGAAAGUACACAUGGUUGUUCAUACCAAGGAAAAAAACUUUGCUUGUGAGUUUUGCGGGAAGACCUACCCAACCCGUACUAAUUUACGGCGACAUUUAAAAAACACUCAUCUGCCGAAAGAAGUUGCUAGUGGGACAGUAGCGCUACCAUCGGCCCCGCUUAAUGGACCCGACAUCGUUGAAAUAAGCAUACAAUUGCCGGGGUAUUAAUUUGGGGUUUUGAGUGAUGGCAUUGAAAUUAUUAUUAAACGUAAAAUAAACGCUUCAAUUCGAGGAUAAAAUUAAAUUCUAUUUCCUUCAAAUUC